AUGUCCCAAGAUCCUGUGAUAACUGAUGCAGCUCAGGAGCCGAAAGAAGUACACGAAGGAGAAGAAGUCGAAGACUCAAAAGAAAUUGGGCCAGAAUCGUUUCCCGCUUUAGAAUGGGAUCAAGUGCAAUCCAGUAUUCCGGUGGAGAGCUUUACGAAUUACAAAAUAAGACUCAAUGGGUGGGCUCGAAAAGACCGGUUAGAUAAAAGACUGGAAGAAGAGGCUAAACAACGGGAAGAGGAGCAAGCAGAGCAAGCAAAGAAACAGAAGUUGGACGAAGAUUCAGAACAAAAAAAAGAGCAAGAAAGCACUUCCGAAAAGAACCAUGAGGCUGAUGAGGAUGACAACGAUGACGAGUCCGAAAGUGAGACCAAGACUGAAGACAAGAAGGAUGCGGGUGAAGAGGUGAAAAGCGAGGAGGUAAAGGGCGCGGACGGAAAUAGCGCUGAGCAGUCCUAA